AGUCCUUUUGUCCAAGAUGGCGGCGCCGGGGGCGCUGCCUCCUCGGCCGCCGCCGCCGCCGCUGUGAGGGGCCUGCGGGCCGCCCGCCCGCCAGCCGCGCCGGCGCCAUGAAGAGGCAGAGCGAGCGAGACUCCAGCCCGAGCGGGCGCGGCUCGUCAUCGUCGGCCAAGCGGCCGCGGGAGCGCGAACGGGAGGCGGAGGCGGGCGGGCGGCGGGCGGCGCACAAGGCCUCGGGCGGCGCCAAGCACCCCGUUCCGACGCGGGCUCGCGACAAGCCUCGCGGUAGCGGGGGCAGCGGCGGUGGGCAUCGCGACGGCCGAGGCGCCGGGGACGCGAAUCACCGUGCGAGCAGCGGCCGCUCCUCGGGCUCGGGCGCCGGCGGCGGGGGACGCGGUGGCAAGGCCUCAGGGGACCCAGGCGCUUCGGGCGCGUCGCCCCGCGCAUCUCCGCUACCGCCACCUCCGCCGCCGCCCGGGGCCGAGCCCACGGGUCCCGGCUCCUCAGCGGCUGCACCCGAGUACAAGACGUUGCUCAUCAGCAGCCUGAGCCCCGCGCUGCCCGCCGAGCACCUCGAAGAUCGGCUCUUCCACCAGUUCAAGCGCUUCGGCGAGAUCAGCCUGCGCCUGUCGCACACGCCUGAGCUGGGCCGCGUGGCCUACGUGAACUUCCGGCACCCGCAGGACGCGCGUGAGGCCCGCCAGCACGCCUUGGCCCGCCAGCUGCUGCUCUACGACCGCCCGCUCAAGGUGGAGCCCGUGUACCUGCGAGGCGGCGGCGGCGGCGGCGGGAGCAGCCGGCGAAGCAGCAGCAGCAGCGCCGCCGCCUCCACUCCGCCCCCGGGCCCGCCCGCGCCCGCCGAUCCGCUCGGCUACCUCCCGCUGCACGGCGGCUACCAGUACAAGCAGCGUUCGCUGUCCCCGGUUGCCGCCCCUCCGCUGCGGGAGCCCCGCGCCCGCCACGCUGCCGCAGCCUUUGCUCUGGAUGCGGCAGCCGCCGCCGCCGCUGUAGGCCUGUCUCGGGAGCGGGCCUUGGACUACUACGGGCUGUAUGACGACCGCGGGCGACCCUACGGCUACCCGGCCGUGUGCGAAGAGGACCUGAUGCCCGAGGAUGACCAGCGUGCCACGCGCAACCUCUUUAUUGGGAACCUGGACCACAGCGUAUCAGAGGUGGAGCUGCGACGGGCUUUCGAGAAGUACGGCAUCAUUGAGGAGGUGGUCAUCAAGAGACCCGCCCGUGGGCAGGGCGGUGCGUAUGCCUUCCUGAAGUUCCAGAACCUGGACAUGGCCCACCGGGCCAAGGUGGGCAUGUCGGGUCGGGUGAUAGGCCGCAAUCCCAUUAAGAUAGGGUACGGCAAGGCCAACCCCACUACGCGCCUCUGGGUGGGUGGCUUGGGACCUAACACCUCACUGGCGGCUCUGGCCCGGGAGUUUGACCGUUUUGGGAGCAUUCGGACCAUUGAUCAUGUCAAGGGAGAUAGCUUUGCCUACAUCCAGUACGAGAGUUUGGACGCUGCCCAGGCCGCCUGUGCUAAAAUGAGGGGCUUUCCCUUGGGGGGUCCGGACCGCAGGCUGCGCGUGGAUUUUGCCAAAGCAGAGGAGACUCGGUAUCCCCAGCAGUACCAGCCCUCCCCCCUCCCUGUGCACUAUGAGCUGCUCCCAGACGGGUACACCCGGCACCGGAACCUGGAUGCCGACCUGCGGGUGCGGGAC